AUGACGGCCAGGCUAGAGACCAAAUUGUCGCUCAGAGAGGGUGAGGAACCAGUGGACUUGGGAAACCUUAGGGUUCCGGGGAAGGAGUUUCUUGCUCAUCGCUUCCACUUGGUGGGGAAACUCAACACUUGUAGGGUGGUGGUUUUGGAUUCAUUCCGGAGUGUGGUGCGGUCAAUGUGGCGACUGACGGGGACCGUGGAGGUCCAACCACAGGGGGAUCGAUUUCUGUUCACAUUCACUCAUGAACGUGAAGUUGCGCGGGUGAAGAAGGGUGGCCCGUGGGGAUUUCAAAGUGCUAUGAUUCUGCUGAAUGAUUACGAUGGCUUUUCGGAGAUUGCUGAGGUAAAGCUUGAUUUUGUUUGGAUCUGGGUUGGGCUUCACGAUCUUCCAUCGGGUAUCUUGACGGAACCCAUUGUCCGGCUGGUGGGAGGGACGAUCAAAGGGGUUUUGGAGGUGGAUCGUUUGGCUCUUAGGCUUGGUGAUGCUCUGGUCCGGAUUACUCUGGCCAUCAAUGACUCGGUGCGUUUGGAUCAUAGAGUUCGGGUUUCGCCCACCGACGUCCUCACUUUGCAGUUUCAGUAUGAGCGGCUUUUGGGGCAGUGCAGGUUGUGUGCCUCCUUGAAUCAUGGAGGACAGAGGUGUCCGAGGGAGGAUGAGUCGGAGAGCGACACUGUGGUGGAGGAGGUGGUAGGGAUGCGCCAUCCUGGGAAGGAAGAGGAUGUGGAUGACGAUAAAAGAGCUAAACAUAGUUUAGCUCUGGUUCCAGCCACUCUGCAACCGAAAAACCUAGGUCUGGAAUUCUCCUUUGAAGGUUUGGUGGAGGUGAAUGUGACGUCGCCUCCCAAGGUUUACAAGAAGAAGGGCAGGCCUCGAGGAUAUAGAAACAAGGUUAAGUCGGCGGUGUCUGUGUGUGGUGGCUCCGGGUCUAUGGUAUCCGCUGAGGAUGGUCUUGGCAGUGUGCAUGGUAGGCUUGAGGGAGCAGCUGCUUUGCUUGCUUCCCGGGCAGAUUAG